AAAUAAUCCACGAAAAUCCUCAAAAGAGUCAACGCGGCGGAAUACGACAUUCUAUCAGUUAUAUAUUUCGUUUUUAGAAAAAAUAGUCAGUUGAAUUGUUACCAAGUUGAAGUUUUUAAAUAAAAAUCGUAUGGCAAAGAAAGUCAUCAUGCGAGCAGUAAUUGGGUUGUUUGUACUAAUUGCGAGUGCUAAUUGUAUGUACUCAUCAACCUCAGAUGUUGUUGAAUUAACGCCCAAUAAUUUUGAUAAAUUAGUAACUAAUAGUGAUUACAUAUGGGUCGUAGAAUUUUAUGCGCCAUGGUGUGGCCAUUGUAAAAAUUUAAAACCUGAAUAUGAAAAAGCUGCAAAAGCACUUAAGGGUAUUAUAAAAGUUGGAGCCGUAGAUGUAGAUGAGCACAAAUCAUUUGGAUCUAGAUUUAGCAUCGAAGGUUUCCCAACAAUCAAAAUAUUUGGUGCCAAUAAAAAUAAGCCUGAAAGUUACAAUGGAGCACGAACAGCGGACGGUAUUGUGACUGAAGCUCUGAGAAUUGCCAGUAAAAAAGCCAAAGAAGCGCUCGGUGGAAAAUCGAGUGGUUCAGAUUCAAAGUCCAAAGAUUCUAAGGAUGUAGUUGAAUUGACAGACGAUAAUUUCGAUAAAUUAGUUAUGAACUCGGAAGACUUGUGGUUGGUUGAAUUUUAUGCGCCAUGGUGUGGACACUGCAAAAAUCUUGCCCCGAUUUGGGCAAGCGCCGCUACCGAGCUGAAAGGAAAAGUUAAAUUGGGUGCAUUGGACGCUACAGUUAAUACUGUUAAAAGUAGUCAGUAUGAAAUCAGAGGAUAUCCGACAAUAAAAGUCUUCGCUCCCGGCAAAAAAGACUCUGAUUCUGUUUCUGAAUAUGAUGGCGGUCGUACUACAAGUGACAUUGUCAAUUGGGCACUUGAUAAACUUGCAGAAAAUGUUCCUGCUCCUGAAAUACUUCAGAUUACCAGUGAAAAGUCAAUGAAAGAAGCAUGCGAUGAGAAACCAUUAUGUGUUAUUUCGGUACUGCCUCAUAUUCUUGAUUGUCAAUCCAAGUGCAGAAAUGAUUAUUUGGAAAUACUCAGAGUUUUAGGAGAAAAAUACAAGAAAAAAAUGUGGGGAUGGGCAUGGGCUGAAGCCGGAGCACAGCCAGAACUUGAGGAGGCCCUUGAAAUUGGUGGAUUUGGUUAUCCAGCUUUGGCUGUUGUCAAUGCUAAGAAAAUGAAGUAUUCACUUUUGAGAGGUAGCUUCUCAGAAGAUGGUAUUAAUUCAUUCUUGAGAGAUCUUAGUUAUGGUAGAGGAGGAACUGCUCCAUUGAAAGGCGCCGAACUUCCUAAAAUUCUUGAAACUGAAGCAUGGGAUGGUAAAGAUGGCCAGCCUCCACAAGAAGAAGAAAUAGAUCUUAGUGAUAUUGACUUAAAUGACAAAGAUGAACUUUAAAUUUUUAGACUGUAAUCAUCAUUAAAUAUUCAUCAAUCGUUUAAAACUCUUCCAUGUCAUCUUAAAAGUUAUACAUCAUUUUUUUAUUCAUUAACUGUAAAUAAAU